AUGGCUACCAAUCAGCAGUUUGUGACGCUAAAUAACGGGAACAAGAUUCCCGCUGUGGGGAUCAUUGGAACGGGUACUGCAUGGUUCAAGAAGCAGGGACAAGAAGAGGUUAUCUCACCGGAGUUGAUUGAGCAGAUCAAAUACGCCCUAAGUCUGCCUGGCGUCAUCCACAUCGACGCCGCAGAAUGUUAUAACACGUACGUGGAAGUCGGAAAGGCGUUGGAACAGAGCAACAGGCCCCGGGACCAGAUUUUCAUCACUGACAAGUUCUCUCCGCAGGCCAACGACGGGAGAACCGUCUCCGAAAGCUUCGAAAGAGGACUGGCCAGGAUGGGCGUCGACUACGUCGAUCUGUACCUGAUUCACUGCCCUUUCAUCAGCAGACAGGGGUACUCCCUGGAGGACGCCUGGAGCGAAUUGGAAGCGCUGUACGAGAGCGGCAAGGCCAAGAAUAUCGGAGUGUCCAACUUCCGCGUCAGCGACCUGCAGAGAAUACUCAAAUCGGGUAAAGUGAAACCGCAAGUGAACCAGAUCGAGUUCCACGCUUUUUUACAGAAUCAGACUCCGGGCAUCUUCCAAUUCUGCCAGCAGCAGCAAAUCCAACUGGAAGCAUAUUCGCCUCUGGCGCCUCUACAGAGAAAAUCUGACGAGCUAAAAACAGCCGCAGGAGCCCCGUUCUACCACUACCUGGAACAACUCGCUUCCAAAUACAACAAGAGCGAAGCUCUUAUCCUACUGAGAUGGGUUACCAAGCGCCACGUGAUUCCUGUCACGACUUCGUCGAAGCCUGCAAGAGUGAAGGAUGCACAGGAGAACCUCUUUACCUUUGAUCUCACAGAUCAAGAGGUGGACCAAAUUACAUCGCUGGGUCUGCUACACAAGCCUCUUAGAUUGUACUGGAACGAAGUCUAUGCAGACUACGACUCGCAAGCACAACAACCUCUAUAG